AUGCGCCUCCUAAUCAUUCGUCAUGCCGACCCGGAAUACGUCACAGAUUCCCUGACAGGACCCGGGAAAAAGGAGGCCGCCGCUCUUGCCGAGCGCUUCAAACAAGGUUUAGAAGGAGAAAUUACCCACAUCUACACCAGUCCCAUGGGCAGAGCUCGAGCCACCGCAUCAUACACGGAAGAAGCCCUAGGAAUGAAGGCCAACGUAGAAGAAUGGACUCGCGAGCUGACCUACUGGCCAAGACUAAAGGGAGGAGAACGGCCCGGGGAGGGCGGUCUCGCCAUGUGGGACCUCGCUGCCAACGACGUUCGCUCCACUGCAGCCUUGGAACGAGAGUCGCAAUGGGAUCUCAUCGCUGGUAUUCAACCCGCGAAACAGCCGUUUGAGGAGUUGCAAGUGUCCAGCGACGCCUUUCUUGCGAGGCAUGGAUACAUGCGGGAAGGCUUUCAGUAUAGGAUUGUCAAGCCCAAUCGCGAUAUCAUCGCUGUCUUUUGUCACGGUGGCUUCGGCCUUACCUGGCUAGCCCAUCUAUUGCACAUCCCGCUCGCCGUUGCGUGGACUUCGUUUUACAUGUCGCCUAGUUCCGUCACAACGAUUUUGUUCGAUGAGAGGUCUCCGGAUUAUGCGUGCCCGCGUGCGAUCGGAAUUGGCGAUAUCGGUCAUUUGUACGCAAACGGGCUUAAGCUUUCGAUAAGCAAGUACGAAAGACCAAACACAUACGGAGGUUGGAAGCGCCCCAGCGGUAUCAAAGCUAAUUUUUGGUAA